AUGGCACAGCUGGCACAGCUGGCACAGCUGGCACAGCUGGCGCUGCUGGCGCUGCUGACUCUGGGCGCUGCCGGGGCCGCAGAGCCGCUGGAGAACGAGUCGGAGCCGGGCAAGGGCGGCACGGCCGGGAAACCCUGGAAAGCUCCCGACCUGGAGGAGCUCGACCUGGACACGGCAGGCAGAGGCGCCGAGUGGACGUCGUGGUUCAACAUCGACCAUCCCGGCGGGGAUGGCGACCACGAGAGCCUGGAGGCCAUCAAGUUCUACUACCGGGACCGGGUGUGUGACCGCCCGGUGGCCAUCCAGGCCCGCACCACCGAGUGGGAGCUGCCCGCGGCCGUGGGGCAGGUGGUGCACGCCAGCCCCAAGAGCGGAUUCCGCUGCCUGCACCGCGAGCAGCCGCCCGGCAAGAGCUGCUCCAACUACCACGUGCGGUUCCUGUGCCCGCUGGAGCACAUUUACUGGUCGCACUGGUCCUCGUGGAGCCCCUGCUCGCGCAGCGCCUGCGGCACCAGGGGCACCCAGAGCCGCACCCGGCGCUGCCGCAGCGCCCGCAGCGAGGCCCCGCUCAAGGAGCUCAAGUGCCAGGGCAAGGCCGUGGAGCGCCGGCCCUGCAGCGCCGGGCCCUGCCCAGAGCCCACCUGUACCGAAUGGGGCGCUUGGGGCCCCUGUUCCCGCAGCUGCGGCAGCGCCGGGACGCGCGUCCGGCGCCGGAGCUGCAAAACCGCCAAGAAACCGCCGUGUCCCGGCCGCGCCACCGAGGUGCAGAAAUGUCCCCCUUCGCCCUGCCCAGGCUGCUCCGGGCACGCGCUGCAGGGCACCGUGGUCACCGCCGCCGGGGUGGCACUGCCGGACGCCCGCGUGUUCCUGGAGGGCCGCCCGCCCGUGCUGCUGGCCCGCAGCGAUGCCCAGGGGCGCUUCAGAGCCGCGGGGCUGUGCCUGAGCCCCGCCGCCAACCUCAGCGCCCACCGCSACGGCUUCGCCCCGGGGCUGGCGCCCAUCGUCACCAACGGCUCCGGGGUGGCCGUGGCGCACCUGAGGCUGCUGCGGCUCGAGAAACCCUACAUGGUGCUGCACCCCCAGGCCAAGGUGCGGGAGGUCGGGCAGGACGUGACCUUCUGCUGCGAAGCCUCGGGCACCCCCGCGCCCCAGAAAUACUACUGGUACCACAACGGGACGCUGCUGGAGGGGAAGGCGCAGCGCUCCAGCGGCCGCCUGGCGCUGCGGGGGCUGGCACCGGCGCAGGCCGGCACCUACCACUGCAAAGCCAGCUCCGAGGCGGGCGCCAUCCGCUCGGCGCCGGCACAGCUCACAGUGCUGGCCCAGGGCCAGCAGAGCUGCAGGGCGGAGCCGGAGCCCAGCCUGGUGGAGCUGCCCAGCGAGUGCCCCCAGGACGCCGGCGGCUCCCGCUACUACAACGUGGGGCGCUGCCCGCCGUCCCCGUGCCCCGGCGGCCCCGCCGAGCCCUCGGGCUGCGGGGAGGAGGCGGGGCGGUGCUGCGGGGUGCGGAGGAUGGAGCUGCGGCAGGUGCCGUGCGCCGGCUCCCUGCUGCCCGUCAAGGUGGUGGCCGAGUGCGGCUGCGGGCCCUGUGCCCAGCCCCGGGCGCUGGUGCAGGGCCGGGUGACGGCGGCGGACACCGGGGAGCCGCUGCGCUUCGGGCACAUCUUCCUCGGCGGGAGGAAAGUGGGGUUCACCGGCUACCAGGGCUCCUUCACCAUCGAGGUGCCGCCGGACACGCAGCGCUUGGUCGCUCGCUUCGUGGACGGGCAGCAGCGCUUGGUGGACGCCGUCAGGGUGCUGCCCUUCGACCGGCGCGGCGGUGCAGUCUACCAGGAGGUGAAGAUGCUGCGCAAGAAGGAGCCGGUGGAGCUGGACGGCGGCCGGAGCAACGCCAUCCCGCUGGGAGAGGCCGGCGGCCGGGAGCCCGUCGGGGAGCUCGUCCUGCCCGCCGGCGCCUUCCUGCGGCCCUCGGGSGAGGUCUUCAACGGCACGGUCAAAGCCAGCGUCACCUUCGUGGACCCCCGGGACAUGGCGACAGCCAGCGCCGCCUCCAGCGACCUCAGCUUCGCCAACGCCGAGGGGGAGAUCGUCCCCCUGCGCACCUACGGGAUGUUCGCCGUGGACUUUCGGGAGGGCGAGAGCGGCGCGGCGCUGCAGGCGGGGCCGGUGCAGGUGAGGAUGGACGCGGGGCAGGUGUGGAUGGCGGAGCACCUGCACAAGAUGAAGUUGUGGUCCCUGAACCCCGAGAGCGGCCUGUGGGAGGAGGAGGCGGUGCUGCGGCCGGCGGGAGGCGGCCGGAGGAAGAGGGAGGAGAGGACCUUCCUGGUGGGCAACCUGGAGAUCCGCGAGCGCCGCCUCUUCAACCUGGACGUGCCCGAGGAUCGCCGCUGCUUCGUCAAGGUCCGCGCCUACAGCAACGAGAAAUUCAACCCCUACGAGCAGCUGGAGGGCGUGGUGAUCAGCCUCAUCAACCUGGAGCCGCAGCCCGGCUUCCCCAGCAACCCGCGGGCGUGGGGCCGCUUCGACAGCGUGGUGACCGGGCCCAACGGCGCCUGCCUGCCCGCCUUCUGCGACAGCCGGCGCCCCGACGCCUACACCGCGCUGGUCACCGCCACGCUGGGCGGCGAGGAGCUGGAAGCCGUGGCCUCCAGCCCUAAGCUCAACCCCAACGCCGUGGGGGUKUCGCAGCCCUACCUGGGCAAGCUGGGCUACCGCCGCUCGGACCACGAUGACCCCGCGCUGAAGAAGACGGCGUUCCAGAUCAACGUGGCCAAACCGGACCCCAACAACGUGGACGAGAGCAACGGCCCCGUGUACUCCUACCGGAGCCUGCGGGAGUGCGAGGAGGCGCCGGUCAGCGCCAACCACCUGCGCUUCUACCGUGUGGAGGUGGACAAGUACGAGUACAACGUGGUGCCCUUCAAGGAGAGCGACGUCACCUCCUGGACCGGCGACUACCUGGCGUGGUGGCCCAACCCGCARGAGUUCCGGGCGUGCUUCAUCAAGGUGCAGAUAGAGGGGCCGCAGGAGUACAUGGUGAGGUCGCGCAACGUCGGGGGGAGCCACCCCCGCACCCGGGGGCAGCUCUAUGGGCUGCGGGACAGCCGGAGCGUGCGGGAUCCGCUGCUGGACAACACCUCGGGGGCCUGCGUGGAGUUCAAGUGCGGCGGGAUGCUCUUCGACCAGAGCCUGGUGGACCGGACCCUGGUGUCCAUCAUCCCCCAGGGCAGCUGCCGCCGCACGGCCAUCAACGGCCUCCUGAGGGACUACCUGAGCCGCCACCCGCCGCUGGCCGACAACAACCACACCGGRGCCUUCUCCAUGCUGGCUCCGCUGGAUCCGCUGGGCCACAACUACGGCAUCUACACCGUGACGGACCAGAGCCCGAGGCUGGCCAAGGAAAUCGCCAUCGGCCGCUGCUUCGCCGGCACCUCGGACGGCUUCUCGCGGGAGAUGAGGGCGGGCGAGGGCACGGCCGUCACCUUCAGCUGCCAGGAGCGGCCGCCGGGCAGGGAGAGCUUCUUCCAGCGCCUGCUGAGCGCCCCGGCAGAGGCGCUGGCCGAGAUCCGCAGGGAGAUGGGGAGCAGCGAGCUGCGCCGCGCUCCCCCCGAGGUGAUGGACUUCGCCUCCGGCUCCCGAGCCCCCGGCCCCACGCCCACCCGCCGGACCCCCAGCAGCCAGCGGAGGCCGGGCCGGCCGCGGGGACAGCCCUGAGGACCGCGGGCUCCCCCCGCGCCCCCUCCGCCUCUGCUUUGUCCUCCCCUUUCCCCGUCGCUUUUGCCCGCGCUCAUUUAUAA